CCUGAUGGAACUUAACUGUGUGUAAGCGCGUGCGCUCUUUAUGAUAGCUCAAUGCAUUGGUUUGGCUUCGGAUUCAAUGGCUUUGGUCAGAUUAGCCCGGCAGAUGUGAGCGGACAGAUUGUGAAGUGUGAAGUGAACACACCAGUCCUGCUAUCAGAGAUGUGUAGAGCGUGUGUGAUCAGAUCAGACUGUAGAGUCAGAGGCAGCUGGAGCUCCAGAGCUGAUGUGCAUCACUCAGACUGUGGCAGUCAUGUGUGUGUGUCAGGGUUCGUGUCUGGUUCAUCAGAGGUUUGCGGAGGCAUUUUUCCCGAGAGUCUGGAAUGCAUUUAUUCAGGACAUCUCGUUACGCUGCCGUUGGUGUCAGGCGGGUACGUCACACCCAAACCCCCUUUUUUCCGUCCUCUCCGCUCUGACCUCUGUGCCGUGAGCCUGGCGUUGGGCUCUGAACACGCGGUGCUGCUGACGUCAGACGGGACGGUGUACUCCUGGGGAUCUGGAAGUCACGGUCAGCUGGGUCACGGCGCUCUGACGUCACAGGAGGAACCUCAGGUGCUGGAGGCGCUGUGGGGCGUCCCGAUCAGAGCAGUGUCUGCUGGGAACUGGCACUCCGCUUCCAUCAGCACUGGUGGCGACCUGUAUAUGUGGGGAUGGAAUGAGAGCGGGCAGCUCGGUCUGCCAUCUAGAGGCCUGGAGGAGGGAAAGCUCAGAGGAAAAAGCUGUGGAAACACUGAGCAGCCCAUAAAUGAAGAUGAAAAGAAGCAAGCGGAUGUGUUUAUUUCUAUUCAAGCGUUUCCUGCUCUGGUGGACGUCCCUGAUGUGUUAGAGAUCAGCAGGAUCAGCUGUGGAUCGCGUCAUACUGCAGCCGUCAGCGGUACAGGGGAUCUGUACACUUGGGGAUGGGGCCAUUAUGGACAACUGGGACAUGGCACUGAAAAUAGCACAGAUGAGCCAACACUGGUGGAUUACUUCGCUAGCCAUCGAAUGUGUGUUAAGGAUGUUGUCUGUGGCUUAUGGAACACUUUUGUGUCUGCUGUGCCAAAAGAACAACCUCCAUCCCGACAGGAAUAGCCUGUUUCAGAGUGCCAUAUAAAUACAGCGAUGUCAAAGUCACAGAAUUAGAGUUUAUUAAAUUAGGUACAAAUAUAUGAUUCAAAAUACAGGAUAUAAAGUAGAUUUCUUUUCUUUUAACAGAGUAAGU